GAGUGUACACCGUCCUGGUGUCUGUGUCUAACCAUUACGAGAACAGAACACAGCGCAUCGACAUGCACGUAUACAGUGUCCUUACCCACGUCGACAUAGAAACAGAGCCCCGCCUCCUCCAGGCCGGCCAACCAGCAGCUUUUGAGGCUCACGCCUUGCCCUCGGCCUAUGGCAUCGUCUAUACGUGGGAUUUUGCCGAUGGCUCCGCCUCCAGAGAGGGGCCUCAACGUCGCGUCAACCACACCUACGGGGUCGGCCACAGUGGCGUCCAUAAUGUGUGUGUGUCCGUGAAUAAUACCAUCAGCUGGACGAAGGCCUGCGCUGAGAUGUUGGUGUACGAGGAGAUUAAAGGGUUAACGGCGACCUCCUCCGCCCCGACCGAGCUCAACACCCCGACGACGGUCUCUGCACACCUGGAGGCCGGUAACAACGUCACCUGGAGCUUCGACAUGGGCGACGGGUCCAUGGUGACAACGGCGGGUUCCGAGGUUCCGCACACCUACGUGAAAGACGGGAACUACACGGUGAACGUGACGGCGUGGAAUGCGGUGAGCGCCCGCUGGACCCUGGUACCUGUCCAGGUGUUCGUGCUGCAGGUGGUGAGGCUGGAGCCGGCGGGCUGUGUCCGGGAGCUGACCCAGGUCGACUUCCAGGCCUUCGUUUCGGGGAAUGCCUCCUCUCACCUGUAUGAGUGGAGCUUCGGGGACGGGACCACCAACCAGACACACCUGGGCAGCCCCAGGAUCAGCCACUCCUAUGGGGGCAGCGGGGACUACCACCUCUCCCUGCUGCUGUCCAGCGGCGUCAACAAGGCCAACUUCUUUGCGUGGGUUUGUGUCCAGCCGGUGGUGUCAAACGUGACCCUGACCCCAGAGAAGUGCAACUUCAGACUGGGGGAGGAGAGCCGGUUCAGGGCCAGCGCCCGGCCAGACUUCGACUACACCUACCUAUGGGAUUUUGGGGUGAUUGAGGACUCUACACCUGUCCAGGGCCAUAAGGACAUGGUGUUCACCUAUAAAAACCCUGGUCAGUACCUGGUGACGGUCACUGUGUCCAACAACAUCUCCUGCAGUAACGACAGCGUCCUGAUUCAGAUCCAGCGGCCGGUAGGACUGGUCCUGAUCCAACAUAACGGGACUAGAUCUAAUAACCUGACUCUUAGGGAGGUGUACCUCUUCACCACCUCUUCGCUGGCGCCUGCCAGCCUCUACACCUGGGAUUUUGGUGACGGAACGCCCCUCACCCCCGGCCCGAACGCGACACACGCCUACAACGUCUCUGGAGUUUUCAAUGUCACGCUGACGGCGGCGAACCCGGUGAGCAGCAACCACACCCGGGUUGCCGUGGCGGUCCUGGCACCCAUCCGCGGCCUGGUGGUCAACGCUGAUCGGGUCAACGUUCCCAUAAACGCCACAGUCAACUUCAAGGCUCACCUGGAGGAAGGCGACGGCGUGCGGUUUUCGUGGAACCUGUGUGACGGCUGCACGCCCAGGCUCCAAGAAUGGAAGACUCAUUACACCUUCCGGUCGGUGGGGACGUACAACGUCAUCGUCACGGCAGAGAGCGACGUGGGCUCAGCCCAGGCCAGCGUAUACAUCUACGUGCUGCGGGAGCUGGAGGGGCUGCAGAUCCAGCCUGAGGAGGAGAUGGGGGGCGAGGGGGGGUGCUGCUACGCUACAAACCGUGUGCUCCACCUCCAGGCCGCGCUGAGGGAAGGGACCAACAUGUCCUUCAGCUGGAACCUCCUCAGGGAGUUGGCGCCGGUCAGCACUGCGCUUAACCUCAGCGGGAAGACCAUCCCAGUCAACUUCUCCACCCCUGGUCCCUGUGACGUCUUCCUGCGGGCCACCAACCUCCUUGGAACGCUCGCGGUGAACAGAACCAUCCAGUUCCUCGAUCCGGUUGGAGAGCUGUACCUGGAGACCAGUGUCAACCCUGUGGCGGUCAACUCCUCCACUAACCUGACGGUGUUGGCCAGUAAAGGCUCGGACCUGCAGUACCGGUGGUCGGCUGAUGAGGGCGCUCUAGGCUGGAAUGAGCCCUCUGUGGUUCAUCGGUUCACUGUUCCAGGAAUGAAGGUCGUUACUGUGGAAGUGUCCAAUGAGGUCAGCGCCGAUACGGUGUCCAAGUUCAUUGACGUCCAGGAAGUGGUAACAGGAGUUACGUUCUCUGCGACUAACGUCACGGAGCAGAACUUUGUGGCCACCGGCGUCAAUGUCUCCCUCCACGGAGAAUUGAGGACCGGCACCAACGUAUCUUGGACCUGGCUGUUGCUGGGCAGAACAGAAAUGGGACGGAGUGUGUCCCACGUUUUCCAGGAACCAGGGCCGUUCACUGUUAUGCUAAAUGCUACCAACGACGUUAGCGGCGAGGCGUUUUCCAGAGAGUUGACGGUACAGGAUAAGAUUCAAGGGUUGGAGCUGAGGGCCAGUAAGAGGAUCGCGGCGGUCGGGGAGAGGGUGGAGUUUACCAUCGCCAAGGCGUCAGGGACGAAUGUGAGCUUCAUCCUCAGCAUCAGCGGAGACUCGACCAUUUUCGGCCUCAACCAGACCUACGUUCACCAGUUCAGCCGGGUCGACACCUACAUGGUAAACCUAACCGCACACAACCAGGUGAGUUCUGAGCGGCGCCACCUGCAGGUGGAGGUGAUGGAGCCAGUGAGCAUGCUGAGUAUCCUGGACUGCUGUGACGCCGCCAUGCCUGUGGGCGUCAAGAAGACCUUGGUAGCCGACAUCCUGACAGGAAACCCGGUGACCUUCCUGUGGACCUUUGACCUGAACCACCUCCCCCUUCCCCACAUCGGGAAGGAGGUGACCUACAUCCCCGACCAGGCCGGGUCACUCACCAUCUACCUGAGGGCGUUCAACUUGCUCAACGGCCAGAACAUCACCAAGCACAUCCAGGUGCAGAACGUUCUGACGGAGGCCCGGGUGGAGGCCCGGCCCAGAGACACCUUCAUCAACAAGACGGUGAUGCUGAUGGCGGGCGUCACGCCUCAAUCCACACCCGUUACCUUCCUCUGGGACUUUAGGGACGGCUCUGCGCCCCUGCUCUCCACCACCUCCUCUGUUGAACAUGUGUACGCGUUUCCAGGUCAAUACCUGGUCCAGGUGAACUGUAGUAACUUGGUGAGCUGGGUGCUAGCCAGGGUGGAGGUGACCAUCAGGGUGUUGGAGUGUGAGGAGCCAGAGGUUCAGGUAGUCCAGGCUCCUAGGCUAGCCAUCUGGCGCUACCAGCCCACCCUGGUGGAGGCUAGCGUGGACCUGAAGGCUUGCAUCCGCUACGGAGCCCAGUACCUCUGGGAGAUCUUCUCCACCCCGCACUGCAACUACGACCAUUCGGUGGCUGCACCUCUGGCCUCUAAGAUCCCUCUCCCGGGGGAAGUAGACGUGCGACGGCUGCAGCUCUCGUUGCCCAAGAUGGCUCUGCGUUCCGGGAACUACUCGCUGGUGUUCUCGCUGUCCUACCAGGGGGUUCCCCUGAGGAAGACUGCCUGUCUACAGCUAACCGUCAUGGCCGCCCGCCUUGUUCCUAUCAUAGAGGGAGGGACCUACAGGGUGUGGUCCAGGACCCAGGACCUGCAGCUGAGUGCUGAGCAGAGCUAUGACCCCAACAUGAGCCUGGACAACCAGUCACUACUCCACUACCACUGGGACUGUGUCACCACCUCCAAGGGGCCAUCAUACUGUUCCAGUCUGAACUUUGGUCUGGGGUCCAGUGGUCCUGUCCUGGGUAUCCCUGGCUCUGAGCUCCAGGCAGAUGUAGAGUACACCUUCAGACUGACGGUCCGCAAGGAGGGAAUGGCCCCAGAGUCUACUACACAGACCGUGAAGGUCAGUGUCCCCAUGGUCUAUCUGAGGUGUGUCUCCUGUAAGGCCCGGUCCAUCUUCGAGGUCAGGUUCCUAUGUCUCCUGGCUGGAACCUGCACCAACUGUCACCACUUCCACCGUCUCAAUAAGAUGAAAGUGUCACGUUGGACGGCCGCCACCCUUCGUAACGAGACCCUGGUCCUGGACUCCAGCAGCACAACAACCGGACGUGACAGUAUGAACCUGGUUCUCCGCCAGGGCAUCCUGCAAGACGGAGACUCCUACGUCUUCACCCUCCACGUAAGCGACGGCAACAUGGACCGCGAAGGCGUGGCGUCCAUCACGCUACAGCCCAACAUGCCCCCGGCGGGCGGGGACUGUGACCUGCGAGUGGGGGGAGGAGGAGAGGGGGGACCAAUCAGAGCACUGGUGGACAGGGUGUACUUCAACUGUUCAGGUUACAGUGACCUGGGCGUGUCAGAGACCCCUCUCCUGUAUAGCCUGUUGGUGACCCGCUGCAGUGACAUGCACUGUGAGGAGUUCUGUGUGUAUAAAGGGACCAGUCCAGAGCACUCUGCCUUCCUGCCCCCUGGGUUCAGAUCAGGUCGAUACAGGGUGUCAGCAUCCAUUACUGUAGAAGACCACCAGGGGGCAGCAAUCACCGCUCUCAACAACUCUGUGGAGGUGGUUCUUCCAGACAGUCCUCCAGGCUACAGCAGCCUGACCCACUGGCUCAGUGAGCUGACCUCCACCACACUCAGACAGCUACUGAAACAGGGAGACUCACAGAGGGUCAGAGAGCUGUCCCUGGUCCUGAUCACCGUUCUCAAUGAGUAUGAGCAGACCCGUGAGUCGCCGAUAGUAUCCAGGGCGGAGCGCGGUUACCGGGUCAUCGUGCGUAGUGACAUCACCAGAGCUCUCACGGCCCUCGACCUGACUACAGUUAACGACAUACAGCAGACCUCGGCUGCCCUGGCACAAUGCACGGCGGUGAGUCGUGAGUUUAUCUGUGAGGAAUGUCAGAACAGCACGUUGAAUAAGCUGGAGUUGAUGUUGGACAUCCUGGAGACAGACACCAAGCAGGGAACAGUCACACCUACUGAGAUAGCAGACAACAUCCUCAACAUCAUGGGUGACCUUAUCCACCAGGUUAGCCAGUCGGCCUCCCAGCAGCUCUUGGGGCCCCCCGCUCCAUCUGGACUCCUCCCUCCCCCAGCCCCACCAGCCCUUCCCCCCGAGGCCCACCCCCUGCGCGUAGCAGCCAAGGCCUAUAAUCUGUCGUCGGCGCUGAUGCGUAUCCUGAUGCACUCCCGCGUCCUUAACGAGGAGCCACUGGUGCUGCGGGGGACGGAGAUCGCCGCCACGGGGAAACGGGCCGACCCCCAGUCACUGUUCUGUUACCACGACGAUGACUCACCGGAGUGCAGACGGUUCUCCAUCCCCAGAGCCUUCAACAACAGUCUGAGCAGAGCAGCUACCAGCGUGGUACAACUCAUGUUCCAGGUGGAGCCCAACCCGUUCCCCUUUAACUUUGUGGCUAACUACACAGUCAGUACCGAGGUGGCCUCCAUGGAGUUCCGGGCAGAGAAUGGUUCCCAGAUCCCAAUCUCAGACCUCGACGACAACCAAGCCAUCACCGUUGCCGUGAACAAUGGCAGCCACCGACAGCAAUGGGGCAGGGUGACGGGAGUCCCUUUAGCCAGGGCCGUUAACGUGAGCCGGUGUGACUCUGUCAUCGUACGGGUCAGCGCCGGUAACUCCAACCAGCAGGCCGGACUGUUCAUCCAACUCAACUUCACCACCCUGGACGAUGGAGUGUGGUCAGAGGUGAGCGAGGCGGACCCCUCCAUCAUGACCUACCUCCACUCCUCCAACUGGCCCAACGAGUUCAACUUCACAGACAGGAAACGCAUCACACUCAGCAUGACCAGGGGGCGGGACCUGGACCACAGGAAGUACACCUUCUUCCUGUCCCCAGAGUCCCAUGACACAACCCUGGACUACUAUGUCAACGUGACAACGGGCUGUACCACUGACUCCCCCAGUGCGGGGGUGCGUCUGGAGGUGGGUGUGUUUACGUCCCUGUGCCAGUACUUCAGCGAGAGCGCCAAGCUGUGGCGUACGGACGGCAUGGUGCCGCUGGCAGAGACCAAUGCCAGCCGGGCCGUCUGCAGCACCCGCCACCUCACAGCCUUCGCUGCCAGUCUCUUCGUUCCACCUGAUGCUGUCACCUUCAUACGGCCUGAGCGGGGGGUUCCCAGCCUCGUGGUGUUGUUGACGUGUGUGGUGGGGUUGCUGUGUUACGCCGUGGCGGCGGCCAUCUUACAUAAACUGGACCAGCUGGACCUGAGGAGGGCGGGAACGGUGCCGCUCUGUGGACACGACGGAACAUUCAAGUACGAGGUGCAGGUCAAGACUGGCUACAGCCGCGGGGCAGGCACGUCGGCACAUGUAGGCAUCAGUGUGUACGGCUGUGAGGGGCGUAGCGGGCAUCGACACCUGGACAGCCCCGGGGCCUUUGCACGUAACGGACUGGACAUCUUCCACAUCGCCACGGAAACUAGCCUGGGCAGCGUCUGGAAGAUCCGCGUCUGGCACGACAACAAGGGUCUGUCUCCAGCAUGGAAGCUCCAGUACGUCCUGGUGAAGGACCUACAGACAGGAAGCAGUUACUAUUUCGUGGUAGAGGAGUGGCUGUCAGUGGACAACGAGAGGACGGAUGGAGGCGUGGAGAUAGAGGUGGAGGUCUCAGAAGAGGCAGAGCUUCGUCGGUUGCCCCGCCUCCUGAACUGGGAGCUUCAGCGUGCUCUGUGUGAGAGUCACUUGUGGCUGUCGCUAUGGGAACGGCCCGUCCGCAGUCCCUUUACCCGCCUCCAGAGGGCGACAUGCUGCGCCCUGCUGCUACAGCUCUGUCUGCUGGCUAACACCAUGUGGUACAGCACCGUGGCCAAUAGGAGCUACAGCUCUGUAGCAGUGUCCAGGCUGGUGGUGGUGAAUGUGGAGACUGUGGCUGUGGGAGUGGUCAGCUGUCUGGUGAUUUACCCCCUCUACCUGCUGGUCUUCACUCUCUUCAGGAUGAGUCGUAGCAAGUGUGUGUCAGUAGAACAGGUGCCGUCCUCCCAGGUGGACCAGGAGUCAGUGGAGAUAGAUGACUUCCUGGACAACUCCAUGGCAGGAAGCUCCUUCCUCAUCUUUAACGGUGUCCCUGGAGAGACCUAUUCAGAAGAGACCAACGUGGACCUCCCCCCCACACCCUCCACCAAGAGUGUCCAGAGUUGGGGUGUGGUUCAGGAAGAGGAUGACGACGAGGAGCGUGAUUGGCCAGAGUUGUUGAGUGACAUGUCUGAGGUGGGAGGGGCGGGUCUGGGGGCGGGGCUACCCAAGUUGAAGAGAGGUCAAGGUUCAAGACACCUGGGGGUGGACAUGACCCUUCACCCCGACAAUGACGACCUCACACACCGCAAUAAGUACUUCACAUCCUCAGAUGAAGACCUGAUUAAACGGAUCCUGGCGGACGGCCAGCUGCAGGUGUCUCAUCUCUGUGACCCCCAACACUUCUUCUCCCAGACAGCAGACAGCGAGACGGCCGACCUUAUCUUUGGUGAUAAGACAGAGGUGGUCCUCCUCCAGAAGAUGAAUGAACCGCUGUCCCUCUCGGAGCUGUCCUCUCUCUCUCUUCUCCUCUCCCCUCCUUCUCCCCUUCACUUCACAGCCUUCACCUCACGCACAGUUGUAACAGACGUGUGUAGUCCGAGGCGUUUCCCUCCCUGGUGUGGGCAGGCUGCUCUAUGGGGCAGCUGGUCGGGGCUUGUCCUAGCCAAUGGGCUGUCAGUGUGGGCAGGAAGAGGCUUCAGUGAUGCCGUGGCUCUGAUGUGGCUCAUUUCCUGUAUCGGUAGCUUCCUGUCCUCCUGCUUGCUGCUGGAGCCAAUCAAGGUGCUACUAGAAGGCCUGUACUUUGCCCUGUGGGUGAAGAGGCUCCGCCCAGAGGAGCAGGAUGUCCUGGUGGAGUGUCCUCGUGUUGACAGAGUUGUCCAGCGUGUCCCCAGAGUCAGACCACCCCAAGGCUUCGCUCUGUCCCAGGCCAGACAGCAGGCCCGCAAGGUCCACAUGCUGCACAACAUGCUCAAGAACUUCCUGGUCUACAUGCUCUUCCUGUUGGUGGUGUUGCUGCUCAACUACUCUGACACGACCAAGGACACACACAGCCUGCGACUCCGCACACAGCUACAACUCACACUACACACACCGGACCAGGCCAACAUCAGCAGGCGUGAGGAUGUGUGGGCGUGGCUUUCAGGCUCCCUGUUGCCGAGGUUACUGGAUGGCCCCACCCUAAUGCAGGAAACAGGAAGUGUGCUCCUGGGCACGCCCAGACUACGACAGAUACGAGACGUUAGUCUGUCCUCUCCAGGUCCCAUCCAUGGGGCAGGAGCAGCAGGCUGGGGAGAGGGGUUGACUGGCUCAGCAGUACACAGGAAGCUGACCCAGAACUGGACCUUACACACGGCUGAUGACAACGGAGCGUGGCGUUGGGGUCAGGUGAUGGUGUACGGGAGCGGAGGUUUCGUCCAACAGCUGAACAGGAACAUAGAGGAGACCAGAACAUCACUACAGUACCUACAGCAGUUACACUGGAUGGACCACAUGACACGGGCUGUGUUUGUGGAGUUCUCUCUCUACAACACCAACACAGACCUUUUGGCCUUCUUCUCCUUCCUGUUUGAGUUCCCCGUCUCUGAGCACACUCAGUCCAGCCUCGACCUAUUGACCUUCCGCCUGCAGCCUAUCACAGGCCUCGACCUGCAGCUGCAGCUCACGAUCCUUCUCUUCUCCCUCGUGGUGUAUUUCUGUGUAUGUGCGGUCCUGGGCCUGAUGAGAGAGGGCUGGGUAUACCUCCUGUGCCCGUGGCGGUUGCUGGGCGCGUGCAGCCUGGCGAUGGCAGUGUGUGUGUGUGGCCUCCACAUCAGCCGAUGUGCCGCCGCCGGGCGCCUGUGGGCGUCGUACCUGCGGCAACGAGACGGGUACACUGACUUCUACCCGCUGGCACGGCAGAGCCAAGCUUACACCCUGCUGUCUGCCAUGCUCCUGUUCAUACUGGUGUUGAAGGCGUCCCACCAGUUGCGUUUCCUGAGGGAGUGGGCAGUGUUUGGCAGGGCUCUGAGACGCUCUGUCUGGGAACUGAUAGGAACAGGUCUGGUCCUGCUGGUCCUGCUGCUGGCCUACUCACACACGGGACACCUGCUCUUCCACUCCGUGAUGGACGGAUAUGGCAGCGUGAGCUCCGCCUGCCUGUCGUUGCUAGGCGCCGGCGGGCGCGGCCUGUUGUCCUUGCGACCAUCGUCAACAACAACCGGCCCCUCUAGCUCCGCCUCCAGCCUGGUGUUCCACGCGAGCUUCGCCGUGCUGCGGCUGGCGUUGCUAUGGCUGGUGACCUCUGCGUUGUUAAGGAACUAUCGUCGGGCGCGGGCGGAGUUGUACCGCCCGGUGGUGGACCUACAGGACUAUGAGAUGGUGGAGCUGUUUCUACGACGAUUGAAGAUGUGGAUGGGCCUCAGCCGUACCAAGGAGUUUCGUCACAAGGUGCGUUUUGAGGGCAUGGAGCCCCCCCCCUCUCGCUCCUCCUCCACCAGUGACUGUCAAUCCCUGUGCCUGCCCCCUCUGGACGGCUCUGAGUCGCCCCGCCCUGGCAGCCUGGACGGGACCUCUGAGGCCUCCUGGAGACCCACCUCUUCCAGCCCCUGUAGCCUGACAGAGGCCCCCGGGAUGGGGCUAAGCCUGGGUCCCGGCGGAUUGGGACCAGGUGCGUUGGCGGGUGGAACAGCCUGGCGAGAAAGGGCGGAGACUGAGGCGACUCUGAAGAGGCUUCUCCCCACACUGGAUGCUUUGCUGCAGCAGCUGGACCGGGUCACCGUGGCGACCGAGGAGCUGUACCGUACUGAGUGUGUCCUGGAGCGUGCCCAGAGGAAAGGAGGAGGGCCGAGGGGGAGGAAGGGGAGGAGAGGAGAGAAGGAGAGGGGGAAGAGUAGAGAGGGCCGAGGAGGGAAGGGAAAGGGGGAUGAGCAAGUCUCUGCUGGACGGAGAGAAAGAAAAGGAGGUCAGCAGAAAGUCAACACUGUGGUGGGGGUGGUGGGGGUAGUGGGCGCGGCUCAGCCUAAAGAUACAGGGAACUCUGGGGCUAACCCUAAACAUACCCCUGUAUCUGCCCCUAUACCUGACCCAAAAUGUACCCCAGUUUCUCCCCAUAUCAUUUUCCCUGCCUUGACCCCUGCUCCUGUACCCCUCUCUACUCCCGCCCUACCCUCCACCCCUGCCCUCUCCUCCUCCUCCACUCCCGCCCCUCGAGAGUGGGACCCCCCUACGGAGAGAGAGACCGUGCCCCCCUCCAGCCUCUUCAACCACCCGGCCCACACCACCACCAUUCCCACACGCAAACGCAAGCCCCCGCCGCUCAAGAACAAGGUGCACCCCAACCCAGACAGGCAUGUGUCCGGACACCCCAAACCCUGAGGACCCCUCCUGAAGGACCCUCAAGAAGAAAGGAUGUUAGGGAUGGAUGGACAGAACGGGCCGUAGGGAGGAGUGGAAGGAAAGGAAGGAUUCUGGGUAGAGGAUGAGUGGGCGUCGGUCACAGCAGGUGAUGUCACUGGUGUUCCACUCUAAAUCCAGAAGGAGAGAAAGCGAGAAAUAAGAGGCCCCAAAACAGCGACCGCUCACCAUGGAGUUGGCAUGGAAACAAGGUGCAGGUCGCCAGUUCUUUACCCCCGCCCCCUAACCCUGACCCCAUGUGACCCCGGAGGUCGUGUGGUGGCAUCGACAGAAGCACAUGUUGUGCUGACAUUAGGAGUGAUGACUGUAUGUUUAGUCAAUGAAGAGUGUGUACACGACCCGUUGAUGAUGUACACAGCUUGUUGAUGAUGAUGUACACAGCUUGAUGAUGUACACAGCUUGUUGAUGUACACAGCUUGAUGAUGAUGAUGUACACAGCUUGUUGAUGAUGAUGUACACAGCUUGUUGAUGAUGAUGUACACAGCUUGUUGAUGUACACAGCUUGAUGAUGAUGAUGUACACAGCUUGAUGAUGUACACAGCUUGAUGAUGAUGAUGUACACAGCUUGUUGAUGAUGAUGUACACAGCUUGAUGAUGAUGAUGUACACAGCUUGUUGAUGAUGAUGUACACAGCUUGUUGAUGUACACAGCUUGAUGAUGAUGAUGUACACAGCUUGUUGAUGUACACAGCUUGUUGAUGAUGAUGUACACAGCGUGUUGAUGAUGAUGUACACAGCGUGUUGAUGAUGAUGUACACAGCUUGUUGUUGAUGAUGUACACAGCUUGUUGUUGAUGAUGAUGUACACAGCUUGUUGAUGAUGAUGUACACAGCUUGUUGAUGAUGAUGUACACAGCUUGUUGUUGAUGAUGUACACAGCUUGUUGAUGAUGAUGUACACAGCUUGUUGUUGAUGAUGUACACAGCUUGUUGAUGAUGAUGUACACAGCUUGUUGAUGAUGAUGUACACAGCUUGUUGAUGAUGAUGUACACAGCUUGUUGUUGAUGAUGUACACAGCUUGUUGUUGAUGAUGUACACAGCUUGUUGAUGAUGAUGUACACAGCUUGUUGUUGAUGAUGUACACAGCUUGUUGUUGAUGCUUCAGUGUGUUAUCUAUGCUGUUGCAUUUGCUGUUUCUAUUUGAUCAUGAACACAAAAGGAAGCUGUUGUUCUGGAUCACCAUGGGACCUGUCUAAAUGCUCUGUUCAGGAGCUUUGGAGAUGUCACGCACACACGCACGCACACACACACUCACACACAGACACACACACACACACACACACCCACUCACACUCACACUCACACUCACACUCACACACACAGACACACACACACACAAGCUAGUUGGUACACACACUCACGCAUUUUAGGUACAACCACGCAACCUUUGCAUGAACACAGAUGCUAAAAUCAAAGAGGCUAUCAGGGUGCAACCAGACUGGCUGCUUCAGGACUCCCAGGUAGGGAGGGAGGGAGGUAGGGAGGGAGGGAGGGAGGGAGGGAGGAAGGAAGGAAGGAAGGAAGGAAGGAAGGAAGGAAGGAAGGAAGGAAGGAAGGAAGGAAGGAAGGACAAUGAAGGAGAAGAGAAGGGAAGAUACUGUAGUUGGUGAAAAAGAUGAGCAACAGCAGGAGAGAUUAAUGUGUUGAAGUGUUGUAAGAUCAGUUGAUUGAGAGAAUAAUAAAAGGAAAAGCGAGAAGAAGACAUCUAUGCUUUUAGUCUGGAGUCUUAACUCCGUCCUAAACUACAACUCCCACCUUAAAAACUACAACUCCCACACUUAACUACAUCUAUGCUUUUAGUCUGGAGUCUUAACUCCGUCCUAAACUACAACUCCUACCUUAAAAACUACAAUACUUAACUACAUCUAUGCUUUUAGUCUGGAGUCUUAACUCCGUCCUAAACUACAACUCCCACCUUAAAAACUACAAUACUUAACUACAUCUAUGCUUUUAGUCUGGAGUCUUAAAUCCGUCCUAAACUACAACUCCCACCUUAAAAACUACAACUCCCACCUUAAAAACUACAAUACUUAACUACCAGGAGGAAGCGAGGGUACAUUGCUACAAUAUAAUCUUGGUUUUGGAAUAUUAUCAGUAAACAUGUAUGUUGCUUUCAAUAUGGUUCUAAUUUAAAGCACUUUUGUUGUAGUGUGUGUUUUGAGUGCGAGUGUGUGUUUUGAGUGUGUGUUUUGAGUGUGUGUGAGCGUAUUGAAAAUAAUAAGCUUGGUACGAAAACCAAUAGAGAAAACCAAUAGAUGCUUCACACAUAUUUUAACAAUUAGCGUUGCCAAAGUCUGUGUAUUAUGUACGCGUCAAGAGUUGUAUCUUUUUAUAUUUUUAAAGAAAAUUCCUUUUGUACUUGGCACUUUAUCUCCUUCUGAAGCUCUUAUCCAUAUUUAACUCCUGUGUUACUUUCUCCAUUUUUUUUUGUUAUUUUAAUAUACAAAACAGCUAUACAAAAUGAUCUUCUAAUGAAUAUUAUAACAGUAACUAUGUCAGGAAAUUGAAGCGUUUUCAUUUUGUAUUUUCUUUUGUCAUUUUGUGUGUGUUUUUUUAUCAUUGUUUUUAUUGAUGGUCUACUUCCUGGAAGAAAAAAAAACAUUUCCUCCCCACAAACUUCCUGUUUCCUGUGGGCAGAUCUCAGGGACCCCGCCCCUCCCCCCCAAAACCAGGAAGUUGACCUUAUUUGUUUGUCCUCUUCUGUUUGUUGUUGUUGAAAGGUCAGAUGAAUUUCAAGUGAGAAGUGUCAUAGUGUGCUUUUAGAAUCGUUGUAAUGAUUCUCUGAUGUUCCAUCCAGACCAAAGUAUAUAUUAUAUUCAUCUCCCGUUAGAACACAGCCCACACGCUAGAACACUCUAGAACCAACCAUUCCAAGCCAUGUUCCCUUUUCCAAGCCCACAAAGAUAUUUUGGAUGUACAUUUUACUCCAAACCUGUUGGUGGCAGUCUCCACAAGAUUGGUGGUCCUGUCCAUAAACUUACCACAACAAUGUAACGUUCAGUUACAAAGUUAUAUCAAAACCCUGUUUUCCAAUCAGUCUGUUUGUAUAUGCGUGUAUGUAGCUACUUCUUGAGUUAUAUCAUUCUCAGUUUUGUUGAUGUGCUGCAGAGUUGUUGGUUUUUACGGUCGUUAAGCACAGGCGUUCCGGUUUCACACCUUCUUUUAGUGUCCUCCAUCCCCUAGACAACACACCUGACAGUUCCCAUAGCAACUCUCAGUUCACAAUUCAAGCGCAACAAAGAAGUUCUUAAAUCCAAAGAAAAAAUGAAGAGCAGGUUCUCCCAACACCCAUUUCUCCUGAGAUAUAUAUAUCGGCCUGGUUUUUACUGUGUGUAACUACAUCGUGCCAAAGCUAGUCCCUUCUGCAUGUUUAGUAUUUUGUCUCGGUGUAACACGUACUUUGUCCUACAUUUGCAUGUUGAAACAAAAGUGUUGUGGUCUGUUUUGUAUCGUUGUAUUGUAUCAUGCGCUUGUAGCAUUUCUCCUGCUUUUGCACUUGACAAAGUCGAAUAAAGAGUUUGACAGCUA